AAGCUAUUUCAGAUAAUAGAUGGAAAGGAAAAAAAAAGUAGUCCUUUUUCUUUUGUUUUGGGCUGCUCCUUCGACGAAGCUGUGCAAACAAGGUCUCGUCUCCGUCCUCCUCGUCAUCGUCGUCCUCCUCCUCCUGCCAGGCCACCAUUUUUUUCAAGAUUUGAGAAGCACAAAAGAGAAAGAUCUGAUCCCCAAGUAACAGAAAAGGUUUAAAUCUCCACAAAUCCCAUCUGGGUGUUCUUCAUUUCCUUGAUCUGUAUCUGGUUCUUGAGUUGCAGUUGUUUUGUUUGAUCCAUUAUGUUGAGUUUAAAGAUGAGUUCUCUUUGUUUUUUUUGGGGGGGGGCAUCUUUUGGGUGGGUUGUUGUUUGAUCACAAGUUCUUGGUCUGAGUGGGUUGAGAAUUUGUUCCUUAAUAUGAGGGAGAAGGGAAUUCUUGGAAUGUUAUAAAAGGGAUUUUAUGUUUUGUGGGGGGUGGGGAGGGUUUGGAAAUGAUUAGGAAAGUAGUGAAAAGGGAUCAUUUUAAGGCAUUUCUUCUCUCUUGGAUUGGAGAAGAUCCCUCUUUCUAAGAUUGGGGGUGGAGUUGUUUGAUUCAUCAAAAGAAAAAAGAAAAAAGAAAAAAAAAAAAAUCUUGCUUGUGAGUGUUGUAACUCUUCUUUGGUUGUUUUGCACACACUAUGAUUAAGCACUUCUUGGGGCGGCUCCCUCGGAAGCCGUCGAAGUCCAGCGACAGCCGAGAAUCGAUAGUAGGGGGGGCUCCUGAUCAGCCGUCGAAUUCUUCUACUACUGCUCCGAAAAGUGGGGAUUUGUUGAAUAGAAAGGCUAGCAGCAAUAUGGACAAUUCAGUCCCCUAUGUCUCAAAUCAUGGAUUAUCUCAUCUCGGCAAAGACCCGCAAAUUAUCAAUUCGACGGCGAACGGGCUUUUGGUAUCUCCUUCUUAUGAAGCACUGCCGAACUUUAGGGACGUUGCGAGCUCAGAAAAGCAGAGUGUGUUCAUCAAGAAGCUGAAUUUGUGCUGCGCCGUCUUUGAUUUCACUGAUCCUACGAAGAACCUCAAAGAGAAGGAAGUGAAGCGGCAGACGCUUUCGGAGCUUGUCGAAUAUGUUGCUUCUGUAAACGGUAAGUUUACGGAGAUUGCCAUGCUAGAGAUCACCAAGAUGGUGUCGAUUAACUUAUUUAGGAGCCUCACUUCUCCUCCUCGGGAAAAUAAGGCCAUCGAAGGCUUCGAUUUGGAAGAGGAAGAACCCAUAAUGGACCCCGCAUGGCCGCACCUGCAAUAUGUCUACGAGUUCUUCUUGAGAUUCGUUAUGUCGCCUCAGACAGAUGCCAAGUUGGCCAAGAGAUACAUUGAUCACUCCUUCGUUCUCAGGUUGCUCGAUCUCUUUGAUUCUGAAGACCCUAGAGAAAGAGAGUACUUAAAGACAACUCUCCACCGGAUCUACGGUAAAUUCAUGGUUCAUCGUCCGUUUAUCAGGAAGGCGAUCAACAACAUUUUCUACAGGUUUAUUUUCGAGACGGAAAAGCAUAAUGGAAUUGCGGAGUUAUUGGAAAUUUUGGGAAGUAUAAUCAAUGGGUUUGCUCUUCCGCUCAAGGAAGAGCAUAAGCUCUUUCUUGUCCGGGCUUUAAUUCCACUUCACAAGCCAAAGUGCAUAUCUAUGUACCAUCAGCAGUUGUCAUAUUGCAUCACGCAAUUUGUUGAGAAAGAUUGCAAGCUUGCAGACACUGUUAUAAGAGGCUUAUUGAAAUACUGGCCUAUAACGAAUAGUUCAAAGGAAGUGAUGUUCUUAGGUGAGCUGGAGGAGGUUCUAGAAGCAACUCAACCUGCAGAAUUUCAGCGUUGUAUGGUUCCCCUGUUCCGUCGGAUUGCGCGCUGCUUAAGUAGUUCUCAUUUUCAGGUCGCAGAGAGGGCAUUGUUUUUGUGGAACAAUGAUCAUAUUGAGAACUUGAUUAAGCAAAACUCUAAGGCGAUUCUACCUAUCAUCUUUCCGGCAUUGGAGAGAAACGCAAGGGGUCAUUGGAACCAGGCUGUUCAGAGCCUAACAUUGAAUGUUCGCAAGAUCUUCUCCGAUCACGAUUCCGAGCUUUUCAAUGAGUGCUUGGAAAAGUUUAAGCAAGACGAAAUCAAAGACCAGGAAAUAAAAUCGAAACGUGAGGCCAUGUGGAAACGACUAGAAGAAAUCGCUUCUUCAAAACCUGGCAUAACAAAGCUGUGAUUGUCCUCUAUCAAAUCCGAUCAACUAUCUACCCUUCAAUCUCCUACUUGGUUGACUUCAUAAGGCAGCAUUGCAUUUUAAUUGGCGAAGUUCUUAUCGGUGGACUCCUACUACUACUGUAUUACUUCGGAUCCUGUAUUACGUUCCAUAGAGUCGAUGGGGGGAAUCCAUGGUUGACCUGUAAAUUUCAGUGGUAAUAUCGACGGUAGAAUCACUCUUGGCUUAAUUGUCAUACUUUCUUUUUGACCUAGAGGAUGGCAUAUUUCCAGCUUGCAGGUAACUACUUAACCACUCAACAUAUACGCGAGCGGCCGAGAUCUGUCGGUGGGAAUUUAUUAGAUUGCUUAAGGAUUUGAUAGUUUGUCUUCUCUCAUCAAUGAUGCUUUACAAAUGAGACAUUUUGUUGACGCGGGUUUUUGAAACAUUUAUCGAUCUUUCUUAAGUUUUUGUAUCCAGUGAACUCUAUGAAUUUUCUCAUUUUGCUAGUGAUUUUACUGAUUUAAUCUCUAA